AUGGGUGAUAGUUCAGCAAACGGACAGGUUGCUCUCCUGAGCGAUCCUGUCGAUGUCAUUAUUGACAAACUACUAAGUGUGCGUGGUGCCCGUCCUGGAAAACAGGUCGACCUUUCGGAAGCCGAAAUUAAGAUGAUUUGUCUUCGUAGUCGGGAUUUGUUGAUUGGACAACCCAUGCUUCUCGAAUUGGAAGCACCCAUCAAAAUCUGUGGUGAUGUGCACGGUCAAUACUAUGAUUUAUUGCGUCUAUUCGAAUAUGGUGGAUUCCCUCCUGAAUCAAAUUACAUCUUCCUUGGAGACUACGUGGAUCGUGGAAAGCAAUCUUUAGAGACAAUCUGCUUGCUCCUUGCUUACAAGAUCAAGUAUCCCGAGAACUUUUUCGUUCUCCGUGGUAACCACGAGUGCGCAUCCAUCAACCGUAUCUAUGGUUUCUACGAUGAAUGCAAGCGACGAUUUGGAAUUAAGCUAUGGAAAACAUUCACAGAUUGUUUCAAUUGCCUUCCCUGUGCUGGUGUUAUUGACGAGAAGAUCUUUUGCAUGCACGGUGGUCUAUCUCCUGAACUCACCAGUUUGGAUCAAGUAAAACGCAUUGUCAGACCGACGGAUGUCCCAGAUACUGGUCUGUUGUGUGACCUCCUCUGGUCUGACCCUGAUAAGGAAAUUGAUGGAUGGGGUGAGAACGAUCGGGGUGUCUCAUUCACCUUCGGGGAAGAUAUUGUUGCGCAGUUUUUGCACAAGCAUGACCUGGAUUUGAUUUGCCGUGCUCACCAGGUUGUCGAAGAUGGAUACGAAUUCUUUGCCAGAAGACAACUGGUGACUCUCUUCUCCGCACCUAACUACUGCGGUGAAUUCGACAAUGCAGGAGCCAUGAUGAGUGUCGAUGAUACUCUAAUGUGCUCAUUCCAGAUCCUCAAGCCCGCUGAAAAGAGACAAAGAUUCUCUUACCAGGGUGGAAGACGUUAA